AUGCUGGAAUUUGUUCUCAUGGGCUUUUCUGACAGCCCCCAUUUUCAGUGGUUUCUUUUUGGACUAUUUUUACUUAUAUAUGUGACUAUCCUUGUAUGCAACAGCAUUAUAAUCAUAAUAACCAAACUUGACCCUAAUCUUCAGACACCUAUGUAUUUUUUCCUUAAUAAUUUUUCCUUCCUGGAAAUCUGCUAUGUAACAGUCACUAUCCCAAGAAUGCUCAUGGACCUUUGUACCAAGAAAGGAAAUAUUUCUUUGUUUGCUUGUGCAGCACAGAUGUGUUUUAUCCUUAUUUUUGGGGGCACAGAAUGCCUCCUGCUGACAGCAAUGGCCUAUGACCGCUACGUGGCCAUCUGUCUCCCUCUGAACUAUAUUUCCGUCAUGAACCACAAGGUCUGCCUGCAGCUGGUGGCUGCCGCCUGGAUCAGUACAAUUCCAUUUGUGAUUGGAGAAACCUACCAUGUUUUCUCUUUGUCCUUUUGUGGGCCCAACAGGAUCAAUCACUUCAUCUGUGACUUCCCUCAAGUACUCAAGCUUGCUUGCAGUGACACAUUUUUGAAUGAAAUAGAAGACUAUGUAGCCACUGUUGUGUUUAUCAUGGUUCCUUUUCUGUUGAUCAUUGUCUCCUAUGGCAAAAUCAUCUCCAACAUUCUGAAAUUGUCUUCAGCCAAAGGGAGGUCUAAAGCCUUCUCAACUUGCUCAUCUCAUUUGAUAGUGGUAAUCCUGUUCUAUGGAUCAGCUAGUAUCACGUAUUUACAACCCAAAACAAGUCAGUCUAAAGGAACAGGGAAAUUGUUGUCUCUUUUCUACACUGUUUUUAUCCCUACUUUGAAUCCCAUCAUAUAUACUAUGAGGAACAAGGAUAUCAUGAUGGCACUCAAAAAACUAAGAACAAAGUUAUUGAAAUGA